AUGAAAAAAAAAACGCUCGAAACGUGCGAGUGGGCCAAGCCGUCCCGUGGGCUCUCUCCGAGGGGGCACACACAACGGCUCCCCACCGUUUUGCGUUCCCCGAUCUCCGGAGCGACAGCGAACACGCGGCCACGCAGCGCGCGGAGUCGAGCACUUCUUCGCUCGGGAUCCGCGGGCACGGGCCGCAAACAUCGGCGCUCAGAAGCGGAGUGGUUCACGCCCAGGACGGCGAAGGAAGACGGGAGAGGCGGAGGAAGGCUGGAGGAGCGGGAACUGAAGGAGUAA